AUGAAACUUAUCUUCGAAACUUCUCUUUACGUUCUUGCACUUUCACUUUUGACCGUUACAACUAAUGCACAGUUAACUGGGCAAUGGCCAGAAGUUGAUAAACCUCCACCAGUUAAUGAUGCAUGGACUUCUUUAGUUGAUCUGUCAAAACUUCCCAAUGCUCCGUUAUCGAAAGGCGAAAGUGAUUGUCCUAAAAAUGAUGAAUUUUGUAAAUGGAGUUGUACUCAAUGCACUCGUAAUGAUUCCGACAUAGUUUUCUGUCCCAAUACAAAUGAUUGGGGUCUAAGUUUCGAUGAUGGGCCAACAGCGUUUACGGAUGCUUUAUUAGAUUAUUUGGCAUCAAAAGAUGUUAAAUUAACAUUUUUCGUUAUCGGUUCACGAGUAAUAGAAAAUCCACAAACUUUGCUAAAAGCAUUCAAUGCUGGACAUCAAAUUGGAGUACACACUUGGUCUCAUACACAUCUUACCCAGCAAUCCAAUGAGGAAAUCAUUGCAGAAAUCAAAUGGACCGAAGAGGCGAUAAAACAAGCCGUGGGUGUCACACCAAAAUAUAUGCGACCACCUUACGGAGACGUUGAUGAUCGUGUCAGAGGAAUCUUAACUCAACUCGGUUAUAAAAUUGUUAUGUGGGAUAGAGAUACGCAAGAUUACUUGACAGGAGAGGAUAAGACAUUUAAAGCAGAAUGGAUCGAAGGGAAUUUUACUCAAUGGGUUAAAGAACCUUCUACAACAGGACAUAUCUCAUUAGAACAUGAUUUAUAUGAAGCGAGCGCUGCUAGAGCUACGUAUGUUGUACCGAUUGUACAAGGUGCGGGAUUUAACGUUAAACCCGUAGCUGUUUGUAUAAAUGAUCCACAACCCUACGUCGAAAAUGUUAGUUUGAGCACAAAUAGUACCUUGGCUAAAACCACAACGGUUGAAACUCCAACUCCAACUCCAGCGGCUUUAUCCCCAACAACAGAGUCCCCAACAGAAUCCCCAACAACAGAACCACCUACCGCAAAAAGCGUCGUUGAUACAACUACUUCAAGUGCUUUAUCAUUAACGAAUAAUAAUAAUUUGCUGUUAUUAAUAUUUAUGAUGGUAAUAGGAUCUUUUAUAAUUUAA